AUGUUUGCCCUCUCCGAAGAGUCCAAGGAGCGCAUUGCCAAGCUCAUCGACGUCUCCCGCGUCGCAAUCCACUAUGGCUAUCUUCCUCUGAUUCUCUAUCUCGGCUACACCCGCAGCGCGCCUCGGCCCUCGAUCAUCCGCCCCUACAUGCCCGAACCCAGCCAUGCGGGCCUCUCCCCCGCGCUCGUCGAGUCCGUCGCCGGCCUCAGCGCCGGCACCGUGGCGACUCUAGUCGUCCACCCGCUCGACAUUGUCAAGACGCGCAUGCAGAUCUACCGCAGCAGCAGCAGCAGCGCCGCCACCCGUCCCACCACCGUCGCCGUCCUCGGCUCCCUCACCUCCAACGACCGGCCCCUGACCGCCCUCUACCGUGGACUGACGCCCAACCUCGUUGGCAACGCCGCCGGCUGGGCGUCCUUUUUCUUCUUCAAGUCCCGCGCCGAGAGCGCCCUCACCCUGGCACGCGGCCGCGGCAACAGCGAGCAGCAGCCGCAUGGACAGCAACCGUCGGCCGGCGACUUCUUCCUCUCGAGCGCCGCCGCCGGCGCCGCCACGUCGGCCCUGACAAACCCCGUCUGGGUGCUCAAGACGCGCAUGCUGUCGUCGGACCGCGGCGCGGCGGGCGCCUACCCGUCGAUGCUGGCCGGUGCGCGGGCCAUCUACGCCUCCGAGGGCCUGCGCGGCUUCUACCGCGGGCUCGGCGUCUCUCUGCUUGGCGUCUCGCACGGCGCCGUGCAGUUUGCCGUCUACGAGCCCGCCAAACAGAUGUACUUUGCCCGACGGCAGCCAGACAGCGGCGACGACAGCGACGCGCCCAUGACGACGCAGGCCACCGUCGCCCUCUCGAGCGCCGCCAAGCUCGUCGCCGGCGCCGUCACGUACCCCUACCAGGUGCUGCGGACCCGGCUGCAAAACUACCGCGCCGACGAACGCUUCGGCAGGGGCUUCCGCGGCGUCGUGGUGCGCACCUGGCGCGACGAGGGCCUCGUAGGCUUCUACCGUGGCCUGGUGCCCGGCGUGGUGAGGGUCAUGCCGGCGACGUGGGUCACGUUUGUCGUCUACGAAAAUGUCAAGUAUCAUCUGCCGCGGUGGUUUGCCUGA